GCCUAUUCAACAGAAAUUGAAUUUAAAAAUAAAACAGAUGAAGACCAAAUGCUGGAAAUACUCGAAUGGGAUUUGUGAAGACGGAGGUGUAUGUUCUGGAGAACUAUCUACUACGCUAUUGGAAUACCUACCAAUCUACGCCCACUUACUUAGUACCUAAGUGUACGUGCCUUCUAACAAAAGCGAGCACUAGGCUAGUUGUGUCGGUCGUCCAAUCGCCACUAUAUCUGAUCUCUGGAGGGCCGAUAGCAAAAGCCCUUAAAAUCUAAGCUUCAGAAUUUAAAAAAAAGCAAAGGUGCUUUGUAGGUAUUUGAUGGUAGAUUUGUGAGCCUCAUGGUGUUUAAAUCACGUGCCAUCAGUGUCGUAUAAUUAAAUAUAAUAAUCUCAACUGCCCAUUAGCACAUGUCUAUUGUAAUGCUACAAAAUGUUUAUUAUCAAGCAUGGCAAUGUGGUGAAUGGUGACAAUACAGUAUCCUAUUACAUAGGGGGCGGUGCAACAUAUGUUUGUCCCGUGACUGUGCUAGAUUUGUGACUAUCAGUCUGUGUGAUCGCGGCCACCAUGGCUCACGCCACGCUUCUCGUAUUCAUUGUACUAAAUUAUUUGAAAUUCAUCUAUGGAGAGUGUCCUCCAGAACGAGUAGCAGUGGAUCAUUUUGAAGCUAAACUUCACAAGGACCUUUUUUGUGCUUAUGACUACAGCUACCGACCAGUAAAAGACCACAGAAGUACUGUCAAUGUUAGUGUACGUUUCGCCGUAAAAUAUAUAAGUUUCGAUGCAUCCGAAGAAACAUUCAAUGUGCAUAGCUGGGUGGCGUUGAAAUGGAAGGAUGAAUUUUUGACGUGGGAUCCUAGUGAAUACGGCAACAUAACAGAAAUUCAGGUGGAGAGUCACGAAAUCUGGACACCACGUAUGUCAUUGUACAAUGCUGACGCGGCGCUCUACCAAUCGGAUCAGAUUUUCACAACAUGUCUAUUGCACAACACGGGGAACGUUACGUGCAUACCGCAUGUUCCGCACUCUGGAAUUUGUCGCUCUACCCUAAAAUAUUGGCCGUACGAUAAACAGAAUUGCACAAUGUAUUUUGGAUCGUGGAUGCAUACUGGAGAACAGAUCAACUUUACAUUUUUCAACAAGAGUGCUGUUAUCUUGGACGAUUACCAACCAGGUCCUGGGUGGUCGUUGCUACGCGUUAUCCACGAGAGAUUACCUGGUAACUUUGCAUGCUGUCCUACCGUUACAUAUCCGAUGCUGAAAUAUACAUUUAUGAUGAAAAGGGAGUCUGCGGGGCUUGCUGCGAUCAUUGUCGUCCCGUCGGUAGUCAUUAUAAUGAUGACAAUGGUUUCGUUAUUAUUAGAUGUGAAGGACAAUAACAGGUUGGGAUUGCAAUGUUUUUCUCUUUUUGGACAUUUCAUAUUUCUAACAGAAAUAGGUUAUUCCAUUCCUAAGCACGGUGCGGAUACUCCGAUUUUGAUAUUGUUCAUUCGCGAUUCGAUGGUCGUGACACUGAUUUGUAUUUUGCUGACACUACUUAUGAUGUCUUUAAGAAAACGCGUGGAACAGGUCCCGGUGUGGUUAAAGUCAUUGAGUAACCUUGUCAUCAGUGGACCGGGGAGAUACGUGAUUUUUACUGAAUUUGAUCCCAGCAACGCUGAAGAUCAGAAAAAUCUCUCAGAAAAUGAACCAAACGAAAGCCAAUCACGUUCUGAUUGGAUAACCCUGGCUGAAAUACUUAACAACAUUGUUUUUAUUAUUUUUGUCAUAGUUUAUGUUGUGUUGCUCUCUGUUUAUAUUCCUACCGAUACAAAAUAAAUGUUGUGUUGCUCUCUGUUUAUAUUCCUACUGCUACAAAAUAAUGUAAAAUAGUUAUUAAUUUAGCUGUGUAGACGGCUGUUAACUUAUUUUCAGCUGCUGUAAUACGUUUCAUUUAUUAUAAUUUAUUAUUUCAUUAUAUAGGUAAGGUAAGAUACUAGUUUUUGUGUGUUUAAAAGGUACUUAUAUUAAAUGUUUUAUUUAAAUUCA